AUGCAAGGCUCUGGGUUCAACCCCAGGACCAUAAAUAAAAUAAAAGUCACUGUUUUCGCCAACUCUUAGUUGGGAGAAAUGUUCUAGUCUUGAACUUUGUUAGAGUGAUAUUGAUAAAUUGUGUUUUGGUAAAUUGGGUGGUUUAACAAUACACAAAAUACUAAUAAUUGGUUACUCUGAGAUUUUGCUUUGCUUCCUCUGCCAUUGUUGAAGUAAGUAUAACAUUGCAACUUGAGAAAAUGCUCACAAUUAUAGUAUGAAAAAUAGCUUUGACAAUGACUGAUACACAUAAAGCAUCAGAUUAUAUCAAAAUAUAUAAUCUUGCCAAAUUCCAGAUAAAAACAACCUAAAUUAUUUAUUAUAGUGUCCAACAUAAUAUUAAUUUGUAAAUUAGUUCAUUAGCUGCCUCUAAAAUUACUAUAUACUGUAUGCUUUAAAGAUUUUUUUUCAUAGUUUUUUCUUUUCAGUAAAAUUACAUUGUUAAUGUAGAAACUUAACUAGUAUAUUAAGUGCUAGGAACUUCUUAGCACUUUGAUUUAUUACUAGGGUUAUAUAGUAUUUGUGGGAGUCAUAGAUAAGCAGAAAGCAUCAUUAUCAAACUUGAAGAAUUAUAGGUUGGUGGUAAAAAUCAAGAAAGGAGAAAGCAAAAGAAUAACUUGGACAAAUCAGUGUACAUGAAAAUGGUAGACUAUCAUCCAGCUUCACCGACCUCUUUCACAUUAAUAAAGUAGGAACCUCUUUGUAGCCUCUACUCUCUUCCUUUUUUUUUUUUUUCCUGAAAACACUCUAUGUAGCUCAGAUUAUUCUUCAACUCAACUCUUGCCUCAUCCUCCCUAGGGCUAGGAUUUUUUACAGACAUGAACUACCAUGACUGGCCUUCCAUUUUCAUAGAUAGUUUUACCAAAAAUGGUUAAAUUCUUAAGAUAAUUUUCAUUGCAGCUCAUGAUGCAAAUUGUGGAAAAUUCAAAUCUCUUAAGUUGUUACUUUAAAUAUCUACCAGUAUAAGUAGUAAUGCUAAAAUAGGAGCAUUUGCUAUAAAUUUUAUGCUUUGUCACUGUCCUUUAUAUUCAGAUAUGAUACUUCUGAGUUAACAGAGUCAGUCUGUAAAAUUUUUUUUGUACCUCCUGUUGUUUAUUCUUUAGCAACAGAAUUCUUAACCCCAUUAAAGGUUAUCAUUUAAUUUUGAGGCCGUUUUAGUUUGAAGUUGGCCUUGAAAUCUUUACUGACAAUAACCUCUAGUCACUCAGUGUUUUUGAAUAUUGCAACUGAUUUCCUUUGUUUACAGCUAUUCUGUAUGGUGUUGUGCAGUGUUUCAUUGACCCCUUAUUUGUAGUUCAUGCUGUAUAGUUUGGAAUUCCUUUGGAACCCUUUCCUUGUUUCACAACUUUGUAAUUUGAUGUACUACAUUCCAGGACCCCAUUGCUAGAGGUUCUGUUUCCCAGAGGCAGGUAAGUGACAGCUGGGGUCAGAUGUAAGCAGAAAACAAACAAGCAAAAGAGGGAGGGUGGAUUUUUUUAGUCGUAAAGGACCGCUGUCCAAAUAUCUGCUAUUAGGUUCUUCAGGUUGGAGAGGAGCUAGGAAGUAUGGUUGAACUUCCUGGAUCAGCAUCCUUUACCUGGAGUGGAAGGAUAGUUGAGUUAAUUCUUUCCUGUUUUCUGUCUCUAUAAAUAGUAUGUUGAUAGGGGAUGUCCUUCUGUAUAUAUGUUUUUCUUAUUGCUUUAUGAAUAAAACACUUGAUGUUCAGUAGCCACGCAGGAGGUAUAGGCGGGGCUACCAGACAAGAAUUCUGAGGAGAGUCGGGCAGAGAGAAGCCUCCAGAGAGACACCAUGUAGCUGCCAAGGAAGAAAGGGGGCCAAGCAUCACCGGAAAGCCCAAGACCAUGUGAAAAUACAUAGAUUAAUAGAUACGGAUUAAUAACUAAGAGAGAGCUAGCCAGUAAGAAACUUAAGCCAUCAGUAGAACAGUUUCUAAUUAAUACAAGCCUCUUUAUAUUUAUUUGGGGCUAAGUGGCUGUGGGACCAGAUGGGACAGAAACUCCGUCAAUAGUAUGUAUUUUCACUUAGUAACAAAAAUACUGGUCUUACCAAUUUUGAUUUCUCAGAAGCAUUUAUUCCUCUUUUGAAAUUGUCCUGUAGAAUGUCCUUUGAUGAUAUGCUUCAUUUAGAGAAUACUUCAUGCUCCUUAUGUGAAGUGUUUUUACAAUGUAGUUCCCCUUAUUUUUCCUACAGUUAAGUUCCUUGUACCAUGCCAUUUCUCUAUCCCUUUUUGGGUAAUUAUAUUUGUACUCAAGCCUAGUUUGGACAUUGUUGAAUUCUAUUUGAAUCGUGUGUUCGGCUAAAAAACGGGACAUCAGGCUUGGAGAACUCAUCUUGGAUCCAGACUGACACCACUUUUAUUCCAAGGGUUCCUUUUUCUUUGGUCUGGUGCCUAUCCUUCCAGCCAAAUAUUGAUUCCUUAAUUAAUCUCCAGGGAUUCCCCCCCCCCCCCAUGAAGCUGUAAAAUGAGAGCAGAAAUAUGCUACCUUGAAAGACAUCCAGGAAAUAGUGGGUUUCAUCUUUCCUCAGCUUGCCUAGCUAUGAUGAGUUGGGGAGUGUUGACAGAGUCUUGAGCCCACCUGGCAGAGAAUAAAGGUCAGAAAGAGAACUCAAGCAGGUGUCCAGGUCCUGACUUGCCUCGUUAGGGAGAAUUCAGCCUUGUCUGUCUGGUUGGCAGGGCACACUUAAGUCACUCAGACCCAGCAUUUCAGCAGUUUGCAGAAGAAGUGAUACAAAGCAACAGCUGCAAGUGAGACCCAGCCUAGAUCUGAAGAGAUCAAGCGUUCACUUCACUUGGAGGAAAGAGAAGGAAGGAAGCCUAGGGCUUAGCAGGCCUCUGGCCCCCAAGUUCAUUGGACAUGGCUCCACGUUUACAGCGGCGGAAGCCAAAGAAAUCCUCACCAGUGACUCCCAUGGUUGUAAUCCCACCCACAGAUGUGUCUCUGGAGCCUCCAAGCCUUUCAAAACCUGGCCCUAGCAUUGAUGCACUUGGCUUCAUUUCCUUGGACAAUAAUGUACCAGGUCUGUCCCAGUUGAUCCUUCAAAAGCUGAACAUGAAAAGCUAUGAAGAAUACAAGUUGGUGGUAGAUGGGGGAACCCCAGUGUCAAGCUUUGGAUUUCAGUCUCUGCAAGAAAUGUUCCAGAGGAUGGAGGACACCUUCCGAUUCUGUGCUUACUGUAAAGCACUCCCUUAUGGCCUUUCAGAUCAAAAGGUUCUCCGGCACUGUAAGAGGUGCAGGAAUGUCUAUUACUGUGAUACAGAGUGCCAAAGGUCAGAUUGGCCAGCACAUAGGAAGGUUUGUCAAGUGCUCCGUCUUGUGGCUGUGGAUCGUGUCAUGGAAUGGCUUCUGGUCACAGGUGAUUUUGUCCUACCUUCAGGACCUUGGCCAUGGCCGGCAGAAGAAAUACAUGAUUGGGAUACCUGGUUUUCUAUAAGGGGUUUACAGCUAGAGUCUACAAUGAAUGCUGUUCUCAGUAGCCAUGCUAUGACCAUGCUUUGGGCCAAUCUAGGAAGGCCACGGCCAGAACCAGAUGUCCUGCACAGCUCUUUGAAGAGGUUAAUGACAGAUGUUUUGUCACGGCCCUUGACCCUGGGCCUAGGGCUUCGAACUCUGGCCAUAGAUGCUGGGAAGACUGGGGGAUGCACAUUGCAUGUAGUUGGUGCUUCCCACGUGGAAACAUUUCUCAUUCGUUCUGGAGAUUAUGAUGAGCUUGGCUACAUGUUUCCUGAACACCUUGGCCUCCAUGUGAUCAUGGUGGGUGUGGAUGUGAGUACUAACCUUUUACAGAAUUCCUCACCUUUACCCCUGGAACCUGGAACAAUUCAGCUUAGUGGCCACAAGGCCCUGUAUCAUGACUUCUGGGAGGAGCAGAUAGAGACUGGGAAUCUGGCCCAUCCAGAUUUGGUGGCUGCAUUCCAUCCAGGUUUCCAUGCCUCCCCAGUCUUGAUGGAAGCUUGGCUACCUACCCUGCUGCUGCUUCGUGAUUAUGAGAUCCCUACAAUGAUUACUGUUUACAGCCAACAGGAAUUGGAAGCCUCUCUGCAGAUCCUGGUGAACUUGGAUAUGCACAUCAUUGCUUGUGGAGCUAAUCCUUUCACAUCCCUCAAACCUGAACAAGUCUAUUCUAACCCCAAUAAGCAGCCAGUAUACAGCAGUGCCUACUACAUCAUGUUUCUUGGAAGUUCCUCCUGCCAACUAGAUAAGAAACAAUUAGAAAAAAAAGCAGGCUAGGUGGUGGUGGCACACGCCUUUAAUCGAAGCACUUGGGAAAAAGAGGCAGACUGAUCUCUGUGAGUUCAAGGCCAGCCUCGUCUACAAAGCAAGUUCCAGGACAGGCUCCAAAACUACACAAAGAAACCCUGUCUUAAAAACCAAGGAAAAAAAAAAGAAGAAGAAGAAGAAAAAGCAGAUAAUUUUUGAAUAAUUGAACCAAAUCCUAACUGAAUGCCUGAAAAACAAAAGCUUAAUCAAUUUACCCUGUUGAUGUUGAAUUGUUGUCAGCUUUGAAACCAAGUAAAAAUUCUAAACCAAUGAGAGCUCAGUAUGACGACUCGUUUCUGGUUUCUGGUUUUUCCUCAUCUUGGUAAUUGAACCCAGGGCUUUGUAUAUGCUAAGCAUGUGCUUUACCACUGAGUUACAUUAUUACCAGCCCUCUUUUGUAAUCUGUUUGUUUUGAGAUAGUGUCAUUAAGUAGCCUAGGCUGGCCUUGAAUAUACUAACAUAUGCCUCAGCCUCACAAGUUACAGGCCUGUACAAGCUUGAUUUAACUUAAUAUCUAAAAAGUUAGCUAUGAUUGUGUGUGUGUGUGUGUAAAUGGCUCACUGUGCUUUUGCCACAGCAUCCAACAAAGUUGGAACUAUAUAUGCAUUUCCCACUGCACGUGGAUCUGUUGGGGCUUCUUAAAUUACUUGUUUUAUUUCCUAUUUACAGUCAAAUACUACUCACCUGCACAAAAGACCUUAAAAUUAGAGGAUUCUUUCUUGCCAAGGGAGUGAUUAGCAUCAGCUCUCUUGUUUGUACCUUCCACACUACUGCACAUCUGCAAUGUCCUUAUCGUUCCAAGGAUUAGGAAAUCCAUAGCUGUUCAUCUUUAGAGCCUUGCCAUGACCUUCAUGUGCACGCAUAAUAUAACUUUGUUUCCCACAACAGACAUAUGUGCUCUUUUUUUGUUGUUUUUUGUUUGUUUGUUUGUUUGUUUAUUGA